AUGGAGCAGCAACACAAGCGGGGCGCCGAUGUGGAGGAAGGGCAGCCGCUCAUGUCCCACCAACGCUCGCCCUCCCCGCUGCUUGCACGCGAGGCACCUCCAUCGCCCACCCUCUCCUCCUAUCAGUCGUUCCCACGAACCUCCAUCUCCUACUCCGCCCCAGCAGCCCCACCCCACCACUCGGCCCAGGGCGUGCUCGCUCGCCUCAACAACUUUCUGCGACUGGCGAAGCCGCUUGAAGAGGAGCACGAUGAGAGUCGCGCCGACGGCUGUGGCUGGUUCUACUGCGGGUGGCGAGCGCGGCUGGGCCACUGGCUCGAGGGCCGCCGGGUGCAGUACUUCUUCAUUUCGCUGCUGGUGCUGGACAUCGUCCUGCUCACCUGCGAGCUCGCCUUCGAGGAGUACUUUGCCGACGAGGACGGCGAGGAGUGGAUCCUCAUCGUCAAGGAGGUCUUUGAAUAUGCGAGCGUGAGCAUCCUGCUGGUGUUUGCGGUGGAAGUGGUGCUGCUGGUGAUCGCGUUCGACCUGGCCUUCUUCACGCACCCGUUCUACGUCAUUGACGCGAUCAUCAUCGGCGUGUCGCUGUUCUUCGACCUGUACCUCAAGGAGGCCCUGGCCGGCUUCCUGGUCGUGUUUCGAUUCUGGCGCGUCGUUCGCGUGGUUCACUCGAUCGUGGCCGCCGAGGAGGAAAGGCACGGCGAGACCAAGCGGGAGAAGCGACGCCUCGAAGAAGAAAUUAAAGACUACCAGGAAACGAUCGCGGACUUGCAGCGAAGGCUGGACGCCAAGGACUGGGCGCUGGAGCGGCUGCGGGAGAAGUGCGCUGCGCUUGAGCAGCGACAGCGGGAUCCGUCGGCCGACAACUACGACACGAUACCGAGCAGCAGGAGCGGCAGCAGCAGCAGGAGCGGCAGCCAGUCCUCCUUGCCCAGCCUGUCGGCCCAACUGCCAGCAAGCGCCACAUAA